AUGAAAGAAAAUAUAUGCAGUAAAAGAUACCCUAGAAAACCUUGCCGAGAAACACAGACAGGAGACGAUGGAUACCCAGAGUACAAGAGAUCUAUAAAUGACGGUGGUUUCACUGUAAGAAUUAAGGGACUUGAUUUAGACAACCAUUGGGUUGUGCCUUACAACCCAGUCUUAUUACGUACUUUCAAUUGUCACAUCAAUGUAGAAAUGUGUCAUUCUGUUAAGUGUAUUAAGUACAUCUGUAAGUAUGUAAACAAAGGCAGCGUUUACGAUAGAAAACCAGGAGGAUGA